UGUCCUUCAUACUCACCUCCUCUCAGACUCGGUCACUUUCUCAUGGAUUCGAUAGUUGAACUCGAAUCUUCAGCUAUCAAAGAUUUGGGUUCUCUAUUCGAGUUCACCCAAGUAUUUCUCUGGGAUGAUAAUACCUUUACGGAGGAGAUACUGGAAGUCUCAUCUUCGCAUGAUAACCAUGAGUGUUUCACUCAACAUAUUAACUUUCGCCAAUGCAUCACUGGUUCAAAUUUGGUUCCCGAACGAAGUGAUCUUUAUUUGACAGAGGAGAUGGAACUUACUAAACAGAUGAACUCAAUGGGGCUUCCUAUGUCAUUCAACACAAGCAAGAAGAGAUUUUCUACAACUAAAGCUAAACGAAAGGGCGAUGUUGCAAAAUCUCUAUAUGCAUACGAAGAGAACGAAGAGGAACUGAUAGACGUGUUCAGAGUGAGCGGUGGAGAGGUUGCUUCCCCUGUAAGUAUUCUGGAAAAUGCAAAAAAUUCUUCACAUUCAUGUUCAGAAAACGUCGGUGAUCAUUAUACCAUUCCCGGUGAUGAAGGUUUGUAUGAUACGUGCUCUGAAAUUCACAAAGGGGUUGGUGAGGGAGUACCUUCUGGCAUGGAAAACAGUGGUAUUGAUGACAUUUUGCGUGGCAGUAUUAUUUUGAAGGGUCAUAUGGAAGUUGAUGGGCGUUCAACUAAUAAAGGUGCUGAUUAUCCUCCAUGUUGUGCCUUGCAUGCUCCAUCGGAUGAAGGAAGUUCGUAUUGCAUAUCUAAGGGAACUUCCUCCAGUGUUGAUAAGGUAGAAGCUUGUAUGAUUCAUGACACUUUACCUGAUAGUACCUUGUCCAUGGGUGAUAUUGAAGUUGAUGUGAAUCCAAUUAAUUCAAAUGCAGAAAAUUCUCCACCAGAUGUCUUAAAAGAUGCUGACUUAGUGAAUAACCAAUUGGUUGAACAUAAAGGUUUAGAAGAUCCCUUUGUGGCUUAUCAUGAUCAGGGGGAACAAGUGCUUUGCAUUGACAUAUCAACUAAGCAGCCAUAUAGUGCUACCUCAGGCGUAUACUUCCAAUCUUCGGCAUUUGCUGAUCAUCAUCGCGAAAAUAGCAGUUCUUUAGCUGAUCAUCAUAAUGAAAAUAAAAGUUCUAAAGUCAAUGGGGAUGGGGACUGGAGAGUUUGUUGGGACACAUAUUAUAUGAGAAAUUACUUUUAUAACAUGAAAACACAGGAGUCGACAUGGGAUCCACCGCCAGGAGUUGAAUAUGUUGGAUUUUCAGAAAAUUCUGGUGUGGAAGUUUCUCUGUGUUCUUUUGCAGAUAACCCGGAAGCCGUUGACAGUUUAUACAAUGAACAAACUCAGCUAGGUUCUGAAGAAAUUUCAAGAAGUGACAUGGAAUUCGGGUUUUUGAAUUCUGGAAUAGAUCAAUCAGAUGUUUAUGAGAAUCUGGAUAUGCCAGAGAAGGGCUUUUCUCACGAUGAAGUGCAUAAAUCAUGUCAUCUUGCAACUGUUCCAUCUCCAGUUAUUGAUAGCUUUGCUGCUCUCAAUGAAGCAGUUUCCGAAGAAAACGGAAACACGUGGACGGUUGCCUCUAGUAAAAUGAAAAAGAAAGCAAGAAGGAAUCGAUCACAAAGGAAAAAAUUCCAACAGGAUACUGAAGAACUUCAAUUGGAGGAAGUUCCAGAAGCUUGUCCUGCUGAUAUGAUGAAGUACUGGUGUCAGAGAUACUCGCUUUUCUCCAGAUUUGAUGAUGGCAUAAAAAUGGACAGAGAAGGAUGGUUUUCUGUCACUCCAGAGUUACUAGCACGAUAUCACGCAUCGCGCUGUGGUCAUGGCAUUGUGGUUGAUUGUUUCACUGGAGUUGGUGGAAAUGCUAUCCAAUUGGCAAAGAGGAGCAAUCAUGUCAUUGCAGUUGACAUUGAUCCACAGAAGAUUGCACAUGCACAACAUAAUGCAGCCAUUUAUGGAGUUCAGGACAAGAUAGAUUUUGUAGUGGGGGACUUUUUUGUGUUGGCGCCUAAGUUGAAGGCUGAUGUGGUCUUCAUGUCACCUCCUUGGGGAGGACCUGAUUAUGCAAAAUCACAAACGUACGAUAUCAGGACAAUGCUUCAGCCUCGUGAUGGGUUUCUGCUCUUCAACGCCGCAAGAGAAAUUGCUCCUAGACUUGUUAUGUUUCUCCCAAGAAAUGUGGACCUAAACCAAUUAGCGGAGCUAUCUCUUUCUACUCAUCCACCUUGGUCUCUACAGGUGGAGAAAAAUUUCUUAAAUGGCAAGUUGAAGGCUAUCACAGCUUACUUCAACCACCCCCCAGUUUAAAGGAUUUCACAACAGUCCACUUUUGAGAAUUUUGGAUCAAAGCGUGGGUUCUUCUAAAGCUGAACUUUGGCAAUCUAUGGGUUCUGAUUGUACACCACCAAGACUCCAGAAUAUAUACAAAGACCUGGAAGAACUUGGUAAGUUUUUGUUGUAUAUUUUUGCAAUAUAUCUGCUUUAUCUUCGUGUAUAUUUUGAUCAGUGGUUGUAUUUCAAAAUCAAUCGAUGAAAUGUUGUUUUUGGAAUACUAUAUAAGAUCAAUUUCUUCGAAAUUACCUGUUUUUGAAGUAAGAAACUAUUUGUACACUUUUGACGCGAUCUAAUACGUUAUCGAAGCACACAA